UUGAUAAUGGACGAGAAUGUCACAUACAUAGAAGGACGUGGAUGUGGAUGUGGUGGCCGGUGAAACCGCGGGGGAGAAGGGUCAAGGGUCAGCUAUAAAUGGCGGCAGCUGGCGUGGCGGCCGCCACGCUGGACGUGGAACCCUACAGUUAGCCUUACAUAUAUAUAUAUAUAUAUAUAUAUACAGAGAGAGAGAGGGAGAGCAGUUGCCAACAGUCAUAUCAGAGUCCCCACUGCAGCUUCUCUAAUUGGGCCAAAUAUUUGUAUGUGGCUUUUCUUCUGCCCCACCUAGUUGACCCUCCCAUUUCCCAUUUGUUUAUGUUCCUUCCCCUCAUCUUCUCUCUCUCUCUCGGAGUACAGUGAGCACUCUCUCUUUGAGAAAUGAAAUGAAGUGAAGGGUUGAAACAGACACUUGCAAUAACCCUAUAAAAGGGGCAUGGGGGAUCUUCCUAAAGCUCUGCUAAUACCAGCAUUUUUAGGGUUUCUCUCUGCUCCUUCUGAUCAGCUGCAGUUCUACUGUUUCUCUCUCUCUCUCUCUCUCUCUCUCUCUCGCUGCAUCUAUCUACCUAUAUAUAGUGUAACUAAGUGGGGAUUGAUGAUGAAGAAAGGCAAUGGGUCUCCAGAGCAUAAGCUUGACAGAAAGGUGGUUGAGAGGAACCGGAGAAUUCACAUGAAAGGUCUUUACUUCAGGCUCUCUUCUCUCCUUCCUCCCCACCAUUUCAAACCCACCAAGGACAUGUCACAGCUAGAUCUGCUGGAUCAGGCAGCUACAUAUAUAAAGCAACUGAAAGAAAGAACAGAUGAAUUAGAGGCGAGGAGAGAAGCAGCAGCUGCAGCCAGUGGGCAGCAAUUGAGGAUAAACAAGAAGAAGAAGAAGAAGAAGAAUGUUGUUUCAGAUGCUGAUGAUGGUGAUGGUAGCAUGAUGUAUGGAUUCAGAGCCCCAGUGGUUGAGUUCAGGGAGCUGGGUUCCAUCAUAGAAGUUGUUCUGAUAAGUGGGUUGAAGAACAAGUUCAUGCUGUGUGAAGUGAUUAGGGUUCUUCAGGAUGAAGGAGCUGAAGUUGUCAGUGCAAGCUGUUGCACCAAGGAAGAUAGGAUUUUCCACACUCUCCAUGCUCAGGUGAAGGUUUCAAGAGUGGGUGUGGAGACUUCAAGGGUAUGCCAGAGAUUGCAGGAAUUGGCUUGCUAGCUAAUUCAUCUCCUUUCUUCAACUUUUGUCAAUAAGUUUAAUUUUACAAGUAAAGAGUAAAGUAUAGAGCCAAAUAAGAUUUAUUGACAUACUUUUGUACCCAACUUUACUCUCUUGCCCAAGAAGAAGAAGAAGAAGAAAUUAUGUCCAAGAAAUUAGAUUCCAACGACUAGAAAUGUAAAAGUUCCCAUCUUUUUGGUUGGUAUUUCUAUUUUGGCAUGUAGUUGAGUGUAUAAAUGCCAAGGGGAGAAGAACAGUUUUCAUUUAUAAAAGAAUGCCAUUGUCACUCUCAA